CUCAUUUACUAAUAACAAUAUUAAUAAUAAUGUUUCAUCGAUUUUGAAUUUACUCAAUAAAAAGAAAAAUAAUAAUAAUAAUAAUAAUAAUAAUAAUAACAAUGAUAUAAUUAAAUUGAAAAAUUCUUUCAAUUAUUAUACAAAUUAUAUUAAAUUAUACAAUACUUUAUGGUUAAUCAUUAAUGAUAUCAUAGUUGGUAUGACUGUUUCAAAUCUUAUCAAUUUGAAUUCUUUUCAAUCAUUAUUACAUUCAUCUCUCGUAAAUUUACUAUUCUUAAUGAAAAAUAGUCUAAUGAAAUUAACUUUAUGGCUAAUGGAUAAUCCCGGUGGUUUAAAAUUAAACGAAAAUUUAUCAAAAUUUUUUGGUGAAUUAAUAUUAUGGAUUAUUGAAUUUUACUCAAUUUUUAUCUUAAAUUUUUUUGCAAUUUUUAACGAUUUCAUUAUAAAAAAUUUUAUAAUAAAUUUCAUAUUCAUAAGAUUAUCAUAUUUUUUAGGGCUAAGUUUAAUCAUAUCAAUUUUAAUUGAUUUAAAUAAAUUUAUAAAUUUUAAUAUUCUUAUAAUUUAUAAUUCACUUUUCAAAAUAUUAAAAAUAUUGGUUUCGAUUUUAAAGAGUUUAAUUAGAUUGUUUUAUGGGAAAAAAUAUAACAUCUUUAGAAAAAGAAUUGAUUUUGAAAAUUUCGAAAUCGAUCAACUAAUUUUGGGUACCUUUAUAUUUAUUAUAUUGAUCUUUUUAUUACCUACAAUUUUAAUAUUUUUCUCGAGUUUUUUAAUUCUUAAAAUCAUUUUAAUUGAUUUUGUUAGUUUAAAUUUUGAGAUUUUGUUAAUUGAUUUAAAUUUUUUCCCAAUUUUUUUAAUCAUGCUAAAAAUUAAAGAUAAUAAUAGAAUCCCCAAUGGAAUUAAAUUUAAAAUGGGUGAAAGAAAAAACUACUUGAAAUUGUUAAAUGAAUCCCUCAAAUUGAACGAUAUAAUAUUCAAUUCCUACUAUUAUUUAUCAAUUAAAAACAGCAUUAAAAAUUCGUUUAAUUUAGAAUUUUUUAAAGAAAUCUUCAUAUACAAUACUUAUAAUAAUUACAACCCUAAAAAUAAAGAAAACUCUGACAGUCAACUUGUUGAUCGGCUUAAAAAGAAUGAUGGAAAUGAAAUCUGUAUUAAAAGCAUUUUGCUGUUUAGAAAAGAAUUAUUUAACUGUUAUUGCAGUAAUUAAAUAGAAAUAUAUAUAGUUUUUGGUUUAUUUUUUAAUCAAUAACUG